GCAGCGAUGUUGUUUGUGAAGUUGGAAAUUUUUUUUUAGCAACAUUUUAUGAAAAAGCAUUUGACAUUACAUUGCAUUAUAUACAUGAAAAAUAUCCAAAAGUUUUUAGGCAUUAUUUUCCUGGUAAAUUUUCUGUUUCAAGACACAUAGACCCAAUGAAAUGCUAUUUACGAAGUUUCGAGGUCAUCAGUGGAAGUUUCAACGUUUUCUGAAACGAUUAUUUUCAACGGACAAAGGAGGAGGGGGUAAUGAAGCCCCACCAUGUGGGAAAUCAGCAAGAUUCAAUUCCUGCCAGUUGGAUCCUUGCAUGUUGGAUCCUUGCAAACCAGAGCCGAGGGUUGUCAUCAUUGGUGCAGGGAUGGCUGGCCUAUCAGCAGCGCAUCGACUGACUCAAUGCGGUUUGCAGAAUUUUACCGUUUUAGAAGCUACAGACAGACCAGGAGGUAGAAUCCACUCGUGUUGGUUGGGAGACGUUGUGGCAGAAAUGGGUGCAACCUGGAUAGAAGGAGGAUGUGUAUCAAAUCCAGUAUUUACAUUAGCAUCUCAAGAGGGACUUUUGAAGCCUCCACUUUUUAGACCUGAUGCCAGCCGAGGACUUUUUUGCACCAGUGAUGGCCGGGCAAUUGAUCUUCCAGUUAGCAUCACUGCUUAUCACGCGUUUAAACAAAUAGAGCAACAAGCAGCUAGUCUAUUUGCUCUAGGUUGUGGCAGGACUCACGGCUCCCUAUUAAGUUUCAUGGGAGUUCGAAUUCAACAGGAACUUCACAAUUUUCCUGAAGAGCAACGAUACGACGCAGCUCGUGUGAUGUACGGAUUGACAAACUGUGUCAGAUGUCGAUCAGGAGAUGAUCUAUCUCUAGUUUCAGCUGAUCAGUAUGGCAGUUACAUUGAAAUACCUGGUGGCAAUGUGAGAGUUCCACUUGGAUAUGUAGGAGUUUUAGCACCUUUAAUAAGAGACAUACCUAGUUGUUCUCUUAAAUACUGCAAACCCGUCAGCUGUAUCAGAUGGGGAGCUGUAAGUGACUCUUGUCCCAGAGCAGUUGUCAAAUGUUGUGAUGGUGAAGAGUUUCCAGCUGACUAUGUCAUUAAUACAAUGUCCCUUGGAGUUUUGAAACAUCAGCACGAUAAAUUAUUUUGUCCAGCCCUUCCAGCUGAAAAGGUAGAAGCGAUUUGCAAAUUGGGAUAUGGCUUUGUUAAUAAAAUCUUCCUUGAAUAUGCAAGACCUUUUUGGGUCUGGAAUGAAGGUGGAAUUAGACUCGCAUGGUCUGCUGACGAAUUGGCUGAGAGGAGUGAUUGGGUCAAAGGUAUAUCCAACAUAGAGGAACUCCCAAGUUCUCAGCAUGUCCUCUCAUGUUGGGUUAGUGGUCGAGAAGCAGCAGACAUGGAACUAUGUUCAGACGAAGAAGUUGUCGAUUCUAUCACAAAAGUCCUACGACAAUUUACAGGAGAUCCUACACUCCCUUAUCCAAAAAAUAUUCUUCGAAGCAAAUGGUGCUUGGAUCAGCAUUUUGCUGGGUCUUAUAGCUACAUGGCGAUGGACAGUACAGUAGGACAUCAAUGUGAUCUAGCCAGCCCUUUGCCAGGAAGUUGUGAACCGGUAGCCCCAAUUUUAUUAUUCGCCGGAGAAGCAACGAUUCCAGGACACUAUAGUACAGUCCAUGGUGCAAGAUUAAGUGGAAUACGAGAAGCCGAAAGGAUAAUACAAUUAACAAAACGUUAUGGUGGCCCACCCAAAAAUUCACCUGAUCCCAAAAAAUCGCGCUAAUUUGGACUUUUUCAGUAAAACACAACCGAUUACAAAAAAAGUAGUCAAAUAAGAAACUAGAGAUGAUAAAAUUUUCCUGGAAAUUGUUUCUCUAUUGUUAUUAGCGUUGAAAAUAAUUGUGCAUCUAAAUUUAAACGAAUUUUAUUAAAAUUGGAACAUGUAAAA